UUAAAAAGGCCUUUCCAUCCCCCACUCUGUGGAUUUAGACAAUUCCCAGUAUCCGUCACUAUCGUUCAUUGUUUUCUGCCUUGGGACUCUUCCGACGCUUUUUUUUUUCCUAUGACGAGCGAAAGGAACACCGGUUCUGGAAUUCCAGGGUCCGGGGGAUCUCCAUUAAGCCAGCCAGCUCAUACUCUUCCUUAUGAUGUUGUGAUUAGUGAACUUGGCACCCGACUCGAUGAGGGUUUGAGCAAUGAUGAGGCGAAACAUCGCCUGCAGCAAUAUGGACCCAACAAGCUGGAUGAAGGCGAAGGGGUCUCGGUCAUCAAAAUCCUCAUCCGCCAGGUUGCCAAUGCAAUGAUGCUAGUCUUGAUACUGGCCAUGGCGGUCAGUUUCGGUAUCCAAUCAUGGAUUGAAGGUGGCUUUAUCUCCGCCGUUAUCGUUCUAAAUAUCAUCGUCGGCUUCUUUCAGGAAAACGGCCAGACCUUCUCCGUUCCCUCGGUGGAGAUCGUCCCCGGUGAUAUGGUCGAACUGAGAACGGGCGAUACGGUUCCUGCGGACAUCAGAUUGGUCGAAGCCGUGAAUUUCGAGACGGAUGAGGCUCUUCUCACGGGAGAGUCACUCCCCGUCCAGAAAGAAUACGACUCCACGUUCAAGGAGGAUACGGGCCCUGGCGACCGUCUGAAUAUUGCCUAUAGCUCUAGUACUGUCACUCGCGGUCGCGCCCGUGGCGUGGUGUUCAGUACCGGUAUGUCCACUGAAAUCGGUUCCAUUGCUGCCGCGCUGCGGGCCAGCGACAGCAAGAAGCGCCCGGUGAAGCGUGGCCCUAACGGAGAGACUAAGAAGCGCUGGUAUGUCCAGGCUUGGACGCUUACUGGGACUGAUGCCGUUGGUCGCUUCCUUGGAGUCAAUGUUGGCACUCCACUUCAGAGGAAGCUGUCAAAGUUGGCUAUUGUGCUGUUCGGCGUUGCCGUUCUCUUCGCUAUUGUUGUGAUGGCGGCCAAUCUGUUCAGCGAUAACAACGAGGUCAUCUGUUCCGACAAGACAGGAACCCUAACUCAGGGCAAAAUGGUUGUCAAGAAAGCUUGGAUUCCCUCGGAAGGCACAUACUCAGUGGGCACAUCCAACGAGCCUUUCAACCCUACAGUCGGUGACGUGACUUUUACCCCGGUGUCCCCUGCGCAUUUCGACGAUGAGAAGGAAGGUGCAGCGGCGGAGAAGCCAGAAGAUUUUAUCUCGGGAAACCUCCAGCUAGAGCACUUCCUGGAUGUAGCUUCGAUGGCCAACCUGUCUCAUGUUUAUAAGUCCGACGAGGGAGAAUGGAGCGCCCGUGGCGAACCCACCGAAAUCGCUAUUGAAGUAUUCGCUUCGAGGUUCAAUUGGAACCGUGAUCGGUGGACUAAAGGCGAAGGCGCUGUGUGGCACCAGAAGGCCGAAUUCCCAUUCGAUUCCACUGUCAAGAAGAUGUCCGUUAUUUUUACCAAGAUCACUCCCCACGAAGAACGCUCCAUGGUCUUCACCAAGGGCGCUGUCGAGCGCAUCAUCGACGCGUGCACGACUGUCGUCUGGGAUCAAGACUCGUCCACGCCGGUACCUUUGACCGAUAGCCAUCGCAACUCGAUUCUUGAAAAUAUGGAGGAGCUCGCAAAGCUCGGUCUCCGCGUGUUGGCGUUGGCCCAUCGGCCGUAUAAGGAAGAGAGCCGCCUACUCGAAGACGCGGACCCCAACCGCGAAGAUGUCGAAAAGGACCUUUGCUUUCUCGGACUGAUUGGCCUAUAUGAUCCUCCCCGCCCGGAAACGGCUGCUUCUAUUGCAGCAUGCUACCGCGCCGGAAUUGAAGUCCAUAUGGUAACUGGAGACCACCCGGGCACCGCCAAAGCCAUUGCUCAGCAGGUCGGAAUCAUGCCUGCGGAUCUCAGUACUGUGGCAGCCGACGUCGCCGAUGCCAUGGUCAUGACAGCCAGCCAAUUUGAUAGACUCACCGAUGAUGAAGUCGACGCGCUUCCCACCUUGCCACUGGUCAUCGCACGCUGUGCUCCUCAGACCAAGGUACGCAUGAUCGACGCGCUCCACCGACGCGGACGCUUCGCCGCCAUGACCGGUGACGGUGUCAACGACUCCCCGUCCCUCAAGCAUGCCGAUGUCGGUAUCGCUAUGGGCCAAGCCGGAUCAGACGUCGCAAAAGACGCUUCAGACAUCAUCCUAACAGACGAUAACUUCGCCUCAAUCCUCAACGCAGUCGAAGAAGGCCGCCGCAUCUUCGAUAACAUCCAGAAGUUUGUCCUCCAUCUCCUCUCUGAGAACAUCGCCCAAGCUUGCACCCUCCUCAUCGGCCUCGCCUUCCAAGACAAAGACGGCCGCUCCGUCUUUCCCCUCUCGCCCGUCGAAAUCAUCUGGAUCAUCAUGAUUACCUCCGGCAUGCCCGACAUGGGCUUGGGCAUGGAAGUCGCCGCGCCCGACAUCAUGACCCGACCCCCUCAAGACAAAGCCGGCAUCUUCACCUGGGAAGUCCUGAUCGACAUCCUCGUAUACGGCCUCUGGACCGCAGCGCUCUGUCUCUCCGCCUUCUCAGUCCGCAUGUGGGGAUUCGGCAACGGCGACCUCGCUCGCGGCUGCAAUCGCCAUUACAGCGAUGAAUGCGACCUGGUCUUCCGCGCCCGCGCAACAACCUUCGUCUGCCUCACCUGGUUCGCCCUCUUCCUCGCUUGGGAAAUGGUCAACAUGCGCCGCUCCUUCUUCCGCAUGCAGCCAAAGUCCACCCGCUACUUCACCCAGUGGAUGUAUGAUGUCUGGCGCAACCCAUUCCUCUUCUGGUCCAUUAUGGCUGGGUUUGUCACAACCUUCCCGAUCUUGUAUAUCCCCGUUAUCAACACGGUGGUCUUCAAGCAUACAGGGAUCUCAUGGGAGUGGGGCAUCGUCUUCGUCGAAGCGAUCCUCUUCUUCAUGGGCGUGGAGGCGUGGAAAUGGGCCAAGCGUGUCUUUUUCAGAAGACGUGCCAGGAACCAGCGGAAAUCGUCCAAGCAAACUGUUCCCGAGUUGCCUUAACAUUUGCUUUCCCUGGUCCAGGAUAGAUUGUGGCCAGGGAACCGAUCAAGACUGGGUUUGCACGCGCGAUAUACGGAAUUUAGCUCGCUGGAUUCUAUGCUUAUAUUAAACAGUUCUAUGCUUUUAGUGAAUAAGGGCCGAAAAGGGUGGAUAUUGACUUGGGGAUGUCGGUACGUUUUUGUUUUUUGCUUUGUUUUUGCUCUCGUUUCGAGGGCUUUUGUUCGUCUUAGACAUGGGUGCUGUAUGUUUACGCCACCGGUGCAGGCGAAACUGGUAGGUAGAUGGGUAGUAGUAGGAUUAGGUAGAAUGGAAAUAGAAUGCCACUUUAUACAGGGUCUAGAAGAUAUCGUUGUGUCAGCUAAUAUGCUCGCUCCAAGAAUUUGAAACAAAAGUACCUGUACCACCGUCGUCCUCCCCAACCUCACCAUACUCUUCGAUACGUUUUCUGGCCUUAUUUUUAUCGAACUUUCAAGAUACUACUCCGUACACGGUGGUGAGGCAGCUUCACCUUCAUGUUGCGGCUGAGGUGGGCUUUUGUAACGUGGCGUCUAGACUAACGAAGCCUUGCGCGAAUUAAGUGUGCCAAUGGGGUGAUGUCUAUUGGAUUUCAUCGUCACAUGAGGUUUUCUCUCUCCGUAAAUUGUAGUGUAUUGUC